AUGAAGACGGCACCAGACGACCCGAAGAGUGGAACGGGAGGCAGGUGCCAUCGCACUGACCCACCCGACGACACCAAUCGGCGCGCACGCACGUGUGCGCGCAUCUGCCCUCCUAAUUGCCUUUACCUGCUCAACCCCUGCUCACCGCUGGCCGCCUGGGUAGAGGGUAUUGAAGACAAGCCCCGUGCCGCUGCGCCGGUUAGUGUCCCUAAUGAAGAAAACGCCAAAAUAGCCGAGAAACUUGUACUCGUAGAUGCCCGUGUAAGAGUGAAAACAUUAGCAGAAAGGAUUAAGCUAUCCGUGGGUACCAUUCAGACUAUUCUCCAUGAGCAUAUACAUCGCGUGUUGCGAAUGUUCAAGGCGCUUCAGAAACAAGUGGGAGUUGAGGGGUUGCGCGGAUUUUUUGGAGCCUUG